CAACACAGUGGUGCCCCUCAGAAGUCUCAUAACUGAAACAAACACCCAAAAAGAAAGAAUCUGCGAUUCCUGAUAGGGAGAGAGACACAAAACACAGAGUCCAAGAAAUGCGGACCAUACCGUUGGGAAUAUCAGUAUCCCCAUCCUCCAUAAACAGCUCCUCCAAAACCACCUUUCUCAACAGUCUCAACCUCAAGAGACCAAACCCACUUCCUCUUACUUCUACUUCUACUUCUUCUAGGGUUCCUGCCUCCACCUCCACCUCCACUGAGGAUGAUGAUUUCUCUUUUCUUUCCUUCUCCAAAUCUGGAGUAUGCAGAGCCAGUCAAGUGGCUGAUUUAUUUCCAACAGUGUCUCCCGAGAUUGUUGUCCGGGAGGCCAGGUUAGAGGACUGUUGGGAGGUGGCUGAGACUCACUGCAGCUCUUUCUUCCCUGAAUAUUCUUUUCCUUUAGAUUUUGUUCUGCGGAUUGACCGGCUGGUAGCGAUGCUAGCCGGAUUUUCUUUGCCAAAUGGUUGCAAAAGGACUUGUCUCGUUGCUGUCAUUGGCAACUCUAUUGAUGAGACUUUUCUCUUUGGAAGUGAAGAUUUCAAGAUUGGUGGUUUUGAUGGGAAGUUCAGUCUCAAUAGGAGGUAUGUGGCUGGGAUAUUGACAGUGGAUACUGUUGCUGAUUUUCUUCCUAGAAAAGGACCUCUCCGGCAAAGAAGGACUGGAGUUGCAUACGUAUCAAAUGUUGCUGUCCGGGAGAGAUUUCGACGAAGAGGUAUAGCUAAGAGGCUAAUAGCAAAGGCAGAAGCUCAAGCCAGGAGCUGGGAUUGCCGUGCCAUUGCGUUGCACUGUGACUUAAACAAUCCUGGGGCUAUAAAGCUGUACAAAGGCCAGGGUUUCAGAAGCAUUAAGGUGCCUGAAGGAGCAAACUGGCCCCAGCCGAAGACCGCUCCGGAUGUUAGGUUCAACUUCAUGAUGAAGCUUCUCAACACCAAGGCUGCUACUUAGACUAUUUUAGGAACAUGCGAAGACUAAUAAGACAGACAAGAAAGACACGCCGAAGGGAAAAACAAAAAAGAAAUAGGAUGUUUGAGCAUAGGUUGUACAUAAAUUAUGUAAGCAAAAGGGUAUGGCUAAAAGUCUAGUGGCAUUGCACUCUGUCAAUGACUAUUUUUUGUUGGAUCAACGCUAAUUUGUAAAGCCCUGGCAACAAGUUCAGGAAGAUGAUAUUUGGUGGGGCAGGUAUGGGCACCCCUGCCCCCAUUCUUCAUAUGUUGUGAAGGUGUACUUCUACCACCCUCCAAAAUCAUCUGUUACAAGACUGGUUUUAUAUGCACCAAAUGAUCUUCCUAA